UGGUUGGCCAUUAAUUAAGUGUCUGUACCAGCAAACUAACGGUUUCCGCCGCAUAGAACCGAUAAAAUUGCCGGUGUAUUUCCACGUGCACAAUACACGUGGACAGUGUAUUGCGGCUUGCCUCGAUCAUAUAAGCCAUUAGCGGCAGCCAGCUCUACCAAACCAAACAACCAAACCGCUGCCACUGGAAAAAACGAAAACCUGACCACCAUUUGUACAGAUAAACCUACUCGGUAGUACGCGGAGUUUUCCCCACUGUAAAUUUAACCAUGGUAUUCAGGUUGAUCGUGGCGGCGCUGUUUGCCGUAAGUGUCCACUCUCAGGCUUACGGCAGUUAUGGGACUAACAGUGCCUCUUGCAAUCCAGCCGACCGAUCCUACCCGAACUUGUCAGGAGACGAUCUCUACCGGCAAUACAUAAAAGAUCUCGGAGAUGCGGAAAACAUGUUUAUGACAGCUGCCGCAUCGGUGUUCGUUCCCGGCGCGCCCAUUUCUAACAGCUCCGGAUUUUUUACCGGAAUUCUACAGCAAAUCUAUAGUGCUAAUCUAAAGCUGCAGGCUAUCAUCAAGGGUUCGUCGCCCCCGAACGGAACAGAAUGUCUGGAACUGGUCAAGAAUAUCGGCUAUCUUAUUCAGCAAUCACAGUUGCACUCGAAGGAUGUUAUCCCGGGCGGAGCGUGCAGCUCCCUUACCGGCGAAGCACGAUACCAGUAUUUAUUACAAAACUUUGGCGGCUUGGCUGACAUCGUGGACCAGCAAGGCGUUGCGCAUCAGAAUGACGCCUAUCCCGGGAAGUGGCUGGCCAUUUUCAUUAACACCUACAAAUCAAAGAAACGAAUCGAGACGGUCGUUAACAACAACGAUUCCAGUACGGAAUGCACGAACGCCACCAAACAAGUCUCUGGGACGCUGCAGGAUCUUCUUUCCGCGAGCUCUAGCUCGUAAUUAAUGGUACCUGGACGGACCGGUUUCCGAUUUUUACUGGACAGCGGAUGUUGCGGACAUUCCACAUCAGUGUAGAAAAUGAGAUUUACAAAUUACAUACGCUGAAAUCUUUGACUGACAGCUACAAUAACGGCGCAUUUCUACUGUCAUAAAAUUUUGAUUGAUUUUUGCUAAAAUAUAACAAUUUUUCAGCUACAGUAUCGUCCACAUAACAUAAACAGUAAAUGAUAUGGAAAAAAGCGCCAGGUAUAGGAAAUAAA